AUGCGAAUGAAUUGCUGGCAGCCUUCUGGUCUUUGUUUGAGGGAGUCGACGAGCCAAACCAUGGCUUUGCCGCCGAAUCCGAGGGGAAGCUUGGAUCGAGGAUUGGAAAUGCAGAUGGCGGGGCUGUGGAGUAUCAAGUUGGUUCGAUCGGCGAGGAGGGCGUCGACGAGGGCAAAGGAAUCGUCGCAGGGUUCGUAUACCUCUGGGUGUGAACUCACCAAUCGAAUAUGCGCCUUCUUCCACUCAGCUCCUUCUAUUGAACUCUCGGCUAAUUCCGUGGCGCAUGAGCGCAGAGGAGAGGAGAUGAGAUUUGACGGUGGAGGGGAGCGGAGAAGGAACUGA